AUGCAUUCAAGAUGGCGGGAUUUAACACAGCAAAACAACAUUUUCCCUUGCAAAAAAUUCAAGAUGUACUGGGCUUAUUUAAAGACCAGUUGACACGAGCUGAUGAAAUUGAUUUAAGCUUGCUUUCAAUUGUUCUUGGGACAAUAGAAAAUGCGCUGACAGUGAAUAGAUCACAUGCAUUAAACAGAGAAAAUGACUCGAAACUUCAACCGAUUUUCCCUAUUAUUGAAUGGGAGACAAUCGAUGUUUUACGUACUAAGUUUGUUACACAGAUAAAAAGUGCCGUGGACCUUUCCCUGUAUCCAGAUAAAUUUGCUUCAAGGGAAUUGGUAAAGAAAGUUUCAGAUGUAAUAUGGGGAGGCUUGACAAGAGCAUUUUACAAGGACAGGGCACAUUUACAGUCACUUUUUAGCUUCUUGACUGGGAACAAAUUAGACUGUUUUGGGGUGGCAUUUGCUGUUGUUGCAGCAUUUCAAGUGCUUGGCUACAACGACGUUCAUCUAGCACUGUCUGAGGAUCAUGCCUGGGUCAUCUUUGGUGAAAAUCAAGAUCAGUCAGCUGAGGUCACAUGGCAUGGCAAAGGGAAUGAGGACAAGAGGGGUCAGCCAAUCAACCAAGCUGUAUCAGAAAAACAUUGGUUAUACCUAAAUGGUCAACCUGUGGUAUGUACAAAAGAAAUGGAAGUAGCAGCCAUAGUAUCAGCUAUCAAUCCGUCCAUAACUGCUACAAUAGACAGUGUUGAGAUGGGUUCUGUACAACAGGAACUGCUUUGGUUGCUUUAUGAUAUGGGACACCUUUCUAAAUAUCCAAUGUCACUUGGUAACCUUGGUGACUUAGAGGAGAUAUGUGAGAGCCCAGGGAGACCCCCUCCGUUGUCAUUGUUUGAAGAAGGUGUGAAAUCAUCUGUCACCAACUAUAAUGACCAGCAUAUCUAUCCAUACACAUACCUAGGUGGACACCUGUACAGAAUGGGCAAAUAUAGAGAAGCCCUACAAGCUUGGGCUUGUGCCUCAAAUGUAAUCAAACAGUACAAUUACAAUAGAGAAGAUGAAGAAAUCUACAAAGAAUUUAUAGAGAUAGCAAAUGACUGGCUGCCGACCAUAAUGAGAAAUAUUGCUACAGAAAAUGCUGCAAGACUACGCAGAAACUCACUGCUAUAUGAUACAGAUGCAUAUGCAAAUUUUCUCAAGUUUUAUGACGGUAUCUGUAAAUGGGAAGAAGAUAGUCCAACACCAGUGUUACAUACUGUUUGGGCUAAGCAGUUUGUGUACUCUCUCGGAAAGUUUGAUUCGCGCGUCAGAAAGUGCAUCCAAAUACAUGCAGAGGGCGUAGAGGAUGAAUCCUCUAGCUCGGAUUCCAGUAGUGAGGAUGAAAAUCAAGAAAAUUGUGAUGUUAAUGGAAAUGGGGUGGUGAAAGAAGAUGGUGUUAAGAAAAGUCGAGGUAGAAAACCGAAAGCAAAAAAGAGGAAAUUAAAUGAGCAGAAACUUGGAAACGGGGUCCAAGAUGGAUCAGGGGAUACAAAGGUAAAUGGGAACAAUGCGGAAGAACAGAUCAAACACACUAUUGAAGAACUUGUCUCAAAAGUUGGAGAAUCAGAUAGUCAGAGAGAUACACCUCCAAAUCCAAAUUUAGCAGCACUUGCGCAAGCCUGCAGCGAGUCUAUUCUCAACCCAGAUUACUUGCUGACAGGGGGUGAACCAUUUACAACAGCUACAACGCGGUCCACCCCAUCAUCUACUAGUGACAGGGUCAAUGUUGAUGUAAAUGAGUUUCUGAGUUCUAAGUCAAACAGUACACAGUUUGUUGGUAUGACAGUAGAUUCCAUGUUGAAGGCAGAAAGUCCUGCAGACAUGAUGAUGUUCCGCAAGCCGCCAGACAGCGCUCCGUCCUCUGAAGAGGUUCAGACUCCUACACCUGAACCUACAGAGGCAAACACCAAUUUAGAGGUUGAUGCUAUAACGUCAGGAUGUGAGACCAGCGGGGAAGAAAAGUUAAAUAACAGUUUUGCAAUAGUGACACCAGAUCCGGUAGAUCUUCUGUUAGUGAGUCAAAAAAUGAAAGGUUUAAGGAAACUGCUGUCGUCACUUAAACUAAACUCGAGUGCAAUUACAUUACAGUUGACAGCCCAGUCCCAGACAGAUUUUAAACACAGUAGACGAGGUACUGGAGAGUUUGAACUCAUCCAUUCAAGGAAGAGGUCAAGGCGAGACAUUCUUUAAAAAUACAGGGUUAUGAUAACUAUCAGCAGCUCUAAUCAUGUUAAGAUUAAUUUUGUUUUAUGUGUAUCUAGUUGUUUGCAGUAUAGGAAUGUAAGGAUGUCAGUGAUUGAAACAAUAUUUAUACAACAUCAGUUGCCGCAAGACAAUUAGAAAUAGAUAUGUAAUUCUAAUUGUAAAUUGGUAAUAUAAACUUAAGUUCUUAAUUCUUAAAAAGUACAUAGGAAAGUCUUUUAUUUGUUUAAUGAUAUAAUCGGUCAGUUUGCUAAAGGUAGUUUGAGAUAUUCAUUCUCGUAAAUAUUCUCAGCUAGAAUAUGGGAUACAUGUACCUAUUUGUGCCAUCUGUAAGUGAAUCUCGUAAUGUUUUUUAUGCCCCAGCCUUCGGGGCGGCAUAUAGUAAUAGCACCAUCCGUUUGUCACAAUUUUAUGACUAAUCUGUGACUUUGUCAUUCAUGGAUGGAUUUCAGAAAGACUUUGCACAAAUGAUCAGUAUGACAUGAUAAUGUGUUGCAUACAAGAACCAUAAAUCUACCUUUUGAAUUUUCUCCCUUUAUUGAAUGUCCAUCCUGAUAUCUUGUCUGGUCUGUAACACCUUGGUUCUUGGAUAGAUUUUGAAUUAGCUUCGCACCAGUGAUCAGCAUGACAUGAGAAUGUGUUGUGUGCAAGGACAAUAACUCUAACCCUUCUUUUUUUUUGAGUUAUUUCCCAUUAUUGUUCUUGUCCAGGGAAUAACUCUAAAACAACUGUAGGGAAUGUAUGCAACUUGCACACAAUGAUAGAGGUCAUUUAUAGAAAAUGCAAUGUACAUGGACCAUAAUCAACCUGGCUUACUUUUUGAAUUAUCUCCCUUUAUUGAAUUUCCAUCCCUGUUUCAAUCCAGUCUGUAACUUUAUCAUUCAUAGAUGGACUUGACCAAACAUAAAAUAACAAAUUGUAUUGAUGAUGUUGUUACUAAUUGAUAAAUUUUGAAUGAUUAGUUCUUGAUUUGAUUUUGAAGUGGUUGUUUCUAUAAAUAGAUUUAAUAAAAAUGUUUUAGCUGGCAAAAUAUUGGUUAAAUGUUUUAGGAUUUAUUGUGAAGCAGUGCAGUAUGAAUGUAAGGGAACAAAUGAAGGACAAUAGUUUCCUAAUUAAUCCACAUGAUAUGUGUCCUGGUUUAGGAAUGGUUUGUGUCCGUCCAUCCUUCUGUUUCACUGUUGACUUUCCUGUAGAAGUAAAUGAAAGCUUGGUGUUGUAUAGGUUUGCCCAUAAAUGUGUUAUAAACCGACUUAUGCUUGUGGUUUCCAUUUUUAAACAGUGCCUAUUGUUCAUUCCACGUUCCAGUGAGCAUGGGUUUUCCUUGGUUUCUCUUCAGAUAUAAGACGAUGUCUUUGAUGUUGUACAUCAUUCUAAAGCUGUCUGAGGGCUGUUAUAGAAGCUUCUUAAACUUUCAAAAUAUCUUGAUUACUUUUGAAUUUAUUUCCAAAAAUGAUUUUGUUGGGUUUUUUUCUGUAUUUCUAUUAAUUUUUCAGCCAUUUUUUAGACACUAACAAGUUUUAAAAAAUCAUGUUUAAUUAUCAGUGGAUUGUUUCAAAACUUUGAAGAUAAUUAUUGUAGUCAGCAUAGAAGCCACAUUCUAAAAUUCUAAACCUAUUUGUUUUUUCCAGAAAUUGCGAUUUUGAUUGAUUUUUAUAAAGGGAAAAAAUACAUUUUUAUUGCCAUCAAACUGAGAUUACUGAAGAUAUUUUAAAAUUUCAAAAAGGUCCUACCAACAUGUUCAGAAACCUUUAAAAUCAUGUAUAGCUUCUAUCUGAGUUGAAAAGUAAAGCAACAGAUCGUGAAAACACUGUUUCAGAUUAUGUGAAUUAGAUACUGUAAAAUCAUUAAAUUUUGUGGUUUUUGUCAAAACGGCAAUUUCGUUGGGAUAUGAAUUUGUAGAUUUCAACUUUUGAACAUAAAAUGAAUGGGAAUUUUACUUGUUUGUUGGGAUUAAAUUUUGUGGAUUGACUCAACCACGAAAUCCACGAAAAUUAGUACCCCACAAAUUUUAAUGAUUUCACAGUAGUAGGUGGCCACUUAUAGGAAACAAAAAACCCUACAAUAUUUAUAAAUCAUCUGCAAAAGGGACCAAGUGGUUAAAUUUGUCAAAAUUUUGCUUUGUAACUGCCAAAAAAAAAACUUUAAAAAGUACAUUGGUGAAAUUAUCAUUACCAAAACAUUGAUCCAGGGCCUGGUUGUUCGAAACUUUAACAGGCGAUUAGGCUAACAGUUGAUUAACUUUUAGGGUUAUUUUUAGACAUUUCAGAAGACUUUGAAAAAUAAAUGUAGGAGUUAAGAAUUAAUAACACUGAAAAAUCUUUACAAUAAAAUCAAAACAUCAUUCUAGUGUUUCCCACCAAGAAGAGUAUUUUGAAUCAAAAUUUAACCUGAGGUUAGUUUAACAGCCAGUUAAAAUUUCGAACAACUGGACCCUGAUUGUUGAUUUUAAUAUGACAUCACACUUACUACAGUUUUUUCCCCAAUCUACAGCCUGUGAUGUUAGAACAAAUGCAUGAAUGUUGGAUAGAUUUUUGUGUUUGAGUAAAACUUGUGUGAAUAAUUUUCUUGUUUCUUUUAUGAAGGCCUUAAUUAAAUGAGAUAUUAUUGAAUCUCGUUGUUGGUGCAAUUUUUUGUUAAAUUGUAAAUAGAUUGUUUCAUGUACAUACUGUUACACACUGUAUAUAUGUUCCAUUGAUGUUGUAUUACCAGGUGAUAAAGUAACUGCUACAGGUCCAUGCCAAUACCUGUAUUCAUCAAUGUCAUCAGUCAGAAAUUAAAGCUUGAGCUCAAAAAUGUGUAUAAGUUUCAUUUCCCUCUGUUUUUAAACAGUUUCUUUGAUUUUGCUAGAGCAUAGUUGGGGCCUCAAUGGCCCAAUGGUUAGUGGUUAUGGUUGCUUCAGUCACUUGCCUCUCACCUCUGUAGUUUUGAAUCCACUUUUGAAAAAUGCUUUCAUGCGGGGAAGUAUUAGCGAUAUGUUCUACCGAGGUGCUCUCUGAAUUGUCUGCCUCUACCUGAACAUCUAAAACGUCACAUGGGCUCUUCCUCCACCAUAUAAGCAGGAAGGCCUCCUUAUGAGUUGCUUAAGUUUCUUAAAAACCCAACAGAACAAAAAAAGGAAACCUAUCUGAAGUUAAAGCAGUUGUUUGCUUUCCUGCCUUACAGCCAAAUCCUUAAUAUAUACACAGAAUAAUUAGAAUAUUUGAAUUACUGAGUUUGAAUUUCUGCCUUGAAACAUUGAUAAAUGUCAGCCUAGGCUAUCAUCAUUGUCCUGUGAUAUAACUGUGUUCUCAUUUAUGUGAAGUACAAAUUUUUGCAUGUGAUUGUAUUUGAUAUUUGUUAAAUUUUUAACAGUACAGGAGAGACUAGGUAUUAAAUGGUUGAUUUUACAGCAAUAUGUCAAUUUACACGUGAUCUUUUUAGCUACUGUUAUUUUCAUGGUAUCAACACUUUUUCUCUUUGUUUUUAAGACUUUUUUUAGCAUUUACAGAAUUGAUCAGCCAUGCGCAUAGAGCUACAUAUUUAUAUUCAUUUUAUAAUGCUUACUAUAAAAUUUUAGAUUUUUAACCUUCUGUUUUUACACAAUACAAUAUAGGGCCAUAUUGUGAGUAUUGUAAACUUAAUGUUAGUUUUUUUGUCUCCCAAAAGUUUGGGGGGCGGAGGGGGGCAUUUAGAUUAGCCCUUGUCUGUACAUCUGUCUGUCAGAAUUUGUGUCAUGCAUAUCUCAAAAAGUAUUCGACCCAGAGUCAUCAAACCUCACAGUGAAGUUGUGGUAUGCCUGAUUUGUGAUUCACGUAGCCAGACCAGAGUUAGAGCUCUUGACAUAGUCAGAAAUAUGCAUAAAAGGGCCUAAAAGUUUGUGUCACAUGUACCUCAGAAAAUAUUUGACCUUUGAUUAUGAAACUUGAUCAGAAUAAUAUUCAGGAUGUGAAGUUUUGCACCUGUGGUUUUGGUCGAGAGUUCACUGAGCCAGUUUAGAGUUAUGGUCCUUGACUUAGUCAAAAAUAUGCAUUCAGGGCAAAAAGGGGAAUGUCCGAUGUAUUUCAAAAAAUAUUUGACUUAGAGUCAUAAAAAAUUAGAGGACUGAUAUAUAGCGUGUGAAAUUGAGCACCUGGUGUUCUUUUUGGGACGACCAGAGUUAUGGAAUUUGACUUUGUGAAAAAUACACUUAAAUUGCGUAAAGUUUGUUUUGCAUGUAUCUUUAAAGAUAUUUCAGCUAGUGUCAUGAAACCAUGAACAGUUACAGGAAGUGGGGGGCACCUGUGUCCAUAUGUUGAUAAAGUUUCAUGUAAUAAAGUUAAGUAGGAGACUUCUCUUUUGGGCUUUUUAUGUCCCCGAAGGGAGGCAUAUUAGUUUUCAACUGUCCGUCCAUUCGUUAGUUAGUUCGUCACAACGUUAACUUUUUGCAUGAAGGCACUUUACUCGCGAACCACUGCACCCAGGACCUUCAAACUUCACAUGCUGAUAGUACUUAUUGAGUACACGACCCUUACUGACUUUGGGAUCAAAGGUCAAGGUCACCAGGUCAAUGGUCAAGGGGCUGCGGGAGCAUUUGUCACCAUUAGUGACAGCUCUUGUUUGUGUAAGGUUUUGGUGAAUUUUUUUUUUCCAAUGUGAUGCAAUACAAGUAUACAUGUAUGAAAAAUUUAUAGAAGUAUGAAUGCCAAAUUUGGUGAUUCAGAUAAAGCUCCACAUUUACAUUAUCUAAAGGUACUGACCUCCAGAUUUUGGCUAAAAAGAUCUUUCUUUAAAAUUGAAGUUUGGCCAUAUUAUCGAUGUUAGAAUAUAAGUUUUUGUUUCUAAACUGUCUCAAAAAUACUAAAUUAAGAGAGAGAGAAAAAAAAAGAUGGCCGUUUCAGGAAUCGAACCCGGGCCACUGCGGAGGUAAAAAAGUUUCUGCUGUCGUUACCAAUACCACUAUGGAGGAUUAUCUAUUUAACUGCCAUUUAAUAUAGAUAUUUGUAAUUAAGGCAGUUUACUUUGAGUAAAGUGUUACAAACGCUUUUCGAUUUUCAUCGUAAAAAUGAGUAAAAACAACUAAUUCUCAUGUGUUUCCAUAACACAAUGUCAUAUAGUCUUGUCAGUAAUUAAGUUUCAAAGUAUUCUUAAGAAAUAUAGCAUUGAUAUCCUGAUACCUGAAUUUUUUAAUUUUUUUGUUGUCAUAGGAUCUGGAGGUCAGUGCCUUUAAGGUUAGAAUAUAAUAUUAUCUACAUUUAUACUAAGUUUUACAUAUUGAUAAAAUAUUUAUCUGUCAUCAAGAAAUAGCAAAAGACAUAAAACAUCGCUGUACUAUCUAUGAAAUGUUGUUGCUUUUUUAUCCACUAAAAAAUCCUAUUUCAUUAAGGGUAGUGAAUAGAAUGUGAAUGAGUUGCCAAGAGGCUUUUACUUUAAUUUCAGUAAAUUCUGCAUGUCUCCGUCUGUAUGACUAUGUCAUGGAAAGUAGGCAAUUUUUAUUUGCAAAAUUGAUAUGCUUGCUUUCUUUCUUGUUCACUACUGUUUCUUGCAGUUAAUUGUCAUAGUCUCUAUGCCAGUUUUGACAUGCGGUAUUGUGUUACAUCUAUGUCCAUCUGUCUGUCUGUCUAUCUGCCCUGUGUUUCUGCAGGUGUAAAGUGAGGGAUUUACAGAACAUAGAUCUUUUUUAGUUACAGUAACUGUUACAGACCAUCGACUUUCACUUUGCAUCUUUUAAAAUGGAUGCAGUUAUUGAACAGAUUUUUCCCAUGCAGGACAACAGAUCAAGAUUCUGUUUUUGCUCAGCUAUUUUUUCGUUAUUGCCAUUACACAUGUAUAAUUUACAUCAUACGUUUCAGGGGAUAAAAAUGCAGUUUAAUUUAUGUUAGAGAAGCGAAUUAUGCUACUUAAACAUUGCUCUUGUUUGAAUACCUUAGAUCUGUGUAUGUAACUUUCUGGUAUGUUAUAAUCAUAUCAAUUCUGUGGACCAUGUUAUGAGUAUAGAAUGUUUUUAUUGCUCACUCUAACAUCAGUGUCAGGCACAUGGUACCUUCUUACCUUCUUGUAAAUAAUUAUGCAUAUUCAUUGAGAUGUUUUGCAUGUAUGUUUUUAGUUUUAAAACAUUUUCGUAUCUUGAAAUGAAAAGCCAUUGUCAUGCUUGUAUUUAUUGUUUACCUGUUGUGUGGGAAGUAGUUGACUGAUUUUGUUUGCUCACCUGAGCACAAAGUGUUUAAGGUGAGCUUUUGGAUUUUUGGAUGUCUGUUGUCUGACUGUCCAUCAUUCAUAAUUUCUUUAAAGAUCAUGUCAUCCUCAAUUACCAAGCCAAGUUUCAACUAGUUAGUCCACUACUGGCUGUGAUCUGCAAAGGUAAUUUAUUGGCAGUUAGUUUGCUGCUAAGGGCAGGUGGAAGAGCAUGAGACAGCAAAUCUAAUGUCUGUAAGUUAAACCGAAGGUCAAGGAAAAUGUCGACAAUUUGUAAGAAGGCAAAAAGUCUGAAGUCACCUGUCAUCUCCGUCAUUAUGUUUGGAAGUCAUCAUUGUGUAGUGAAGAACACAUCAGUUUGGUGUGGACUCUGUGAUCAGUGAGAAGGUUAACCAACUGUAGUUACUGAAACUUCAUACCUAUUUAAGCUGUUGACUCCAGAAUUGUCAUAGGUUUGUGGCAAUGAGUCUAUGUGCAGAGCGCAUGAACCUGGUUGGUGGGUCAAAGGUCAAGGUCAUAAAUUGAGCCCAAACAUCACAUCUGUCCAUCAUAUUUCACAUUUGAAGGUCAAAGAUUGUAGCCUGAGAUUUAAUGUCCACUGAAUCCUUUGAUCCUCUUUAGGCUUAUAUUGCCCUGCUUUGCCAAGCUCUUUUCUGCAUAUGAAAUACUCCAUAUACUAUGUCAGAAUGUGUUCAUUUGGGAAUAUGGAACUUAAGUAAGAGUGAUUCAAAUUCCAUUUGUUAAAGAUCUGCAAUAUUGUAUUUCUGUAAGGGAGAGUGUAUCACAGAAUAGCAGACAGAUGUCCUAAUUAAUACUGGCAGUUUGCAAUUUAAAAAACAAACAAAAACAAAAUUUAAUGAAAUGUCUAUCAUGUAUAUUGUUAUUUUUCCAUCAAAAUCUUUACUCUUUUUAUGCAGAUUUCAUUGAUUCGCAGUGUUCUAAUCAUAUUCCCUUUGUUUUAUUCUAACACUUCUAAACCCAUUAUAUUGUGUCCACAUAAAAUAGCUGUUCUUGCUGAAACCACAAAAUUUAAUGCCAGUGACAUUUAAAUGAUGAACUACAUAAUUAAUUUCUGUUCUUUUUGAGAAAUUAGCAUUUUAUGAUGUAUUUUUAGACUGCAAACUACCUAUAUAUAGAGCUUUUAUUUCUCCUUUGAAAAUUCUUUUUUAGAUGGAGAUGUAUGUUCAAAGUGUUAUGUUUUUUCAUGCUUACUUGUACAUUUCCAUCACAUUGAGGUUGGUGAAAGUUUGCUUUUGUAAUCUUUUCCUUCAGAUUGAAGGAAAAGCGUUAUAUACAUUGUAAGAACUUUCUUUCCAUGUCCUUGUUAAUUUUUCUCUGUAAUUGUUAUUGAUGUUGUUUCUUGUUGUUGUUGAAGAAUUCACAUUUGUUUUUAAUGUUUUUUUUUUAUUGUAAAAACUUGAAUGGCAGGUGUAUAUUUUGUGGUGAACAGAUCUCUAUUUUAUCCAUUUUGCAUCAUUAGUGCUGUUUCAUUUAGUGCUAUUUUGAACAUUUUGUUUCGUCAUUUAGUUCAUAAAUUGUGUAGUGAUAAUGUCUGAUUCACAUAUUCUGUAUUUCAGAUACAGUGAAUCAUCCGAACAGUAACAUAGCUUGUAAUCUAAAAACUUUUUUUUUUUUUGUUUAUGGAAAAAAAGAAAGACUGGUUCUAACCAGGUGCUCGUCCAUGCCAGAAACAAUGUCUGAAGGGCAACUGGGGUCUUCCUUCACCGUCGAAAGCGGAAUAAGUCAUCAUACAGCUCAAAUAAUGUGGGUGUGACUUUAAAUCCAACACCAAGAAAAAUUUGUACUGAGACAGGGCUUUGGAAAUUGCUAUUUUCCCCAAGGAUUCACAUAGAUCUUGACAAGUCUUUGACUUGGAUGCUGUUCCUAAGAAAUUCCUUGAAAAUGACUAAAACCUUAAAACUUGAAUGUCAACCAAAACUCCUUGAAAAAUGGUAUGUCAGCUAUUUGUUUUGUAGAAAGAGUACAUUAAAAAAUAGAACAAAUGAAAAUAAUUUGAAAGAAAAUAAUGAUAUUUGGUCACUAAACAAUGGAAAACAUUGAUUUGAACAAAUAAUCAGAUAUAAUGUGGAUUGACAUUGUAUGAUUACUUAUGGUUACUAGUAAAUCAUUUUUAUUCCCCCUUCGACGAAGGUGGGGUAUAUUGUUUUGCAGAUGUUGGUUUGUCGGUCGAUCCGUAGACCAAUUGGUUUCCGCAUGAUAACUCAAGAAUGCUUGGGCCUAGGAUCAUGAAAGUUGAUAGGGAGGUUGGUCAUGACCAGUAGAUGACCUUUAUUGAUUUUGAGGUCAGUUUCUUAAAGGUCAAGGUCACAGUGACCUGGAACACUUAAAACAAUUUCUGGAUGAUAACUCAUGAAAGCUUGGGCCUAGGAUCAUGAAAGUUGAUAGGGGUGUUGGCCAUGACCAGCAGAUGACCCCUAUUGAUUUUGAGGUCAGUUGCUCAAAGGUCAAGGUCAUAUUGACCUGGAACAGUUAAACGGUUUCCGGAUGAUAACUCCAAAACAGUUGGACCUAGGAUCAUCAAAGUUGAUAGGGAGGUUGGCCAUGACCAGCAGAUGACCCUUAUUGAUUUUGAGAUCAGUACCUCUUAGGUCAAGUUCACAGUGAUCUGGAACAGUUAAAGGGUUUCCGGAUGAUAACUCAAGAACGCUUGGACCUAGGAUUAUGAAAGUUGAUAGGGAGGUUGGCCAAGACCAGCAGAUGACCCCUAUUUUGAGGUCAGUAUGUCAAGGACACAGUGACCCAGAACAAUUAAACAGUCUCCGGACUGUAACUUGAGCAUGCUUGGGCCUAGGAUCACAAAACUUAAUAGGGAUGUUGAUCAUGACCAGCAGAUGACACCUAUUGAUUUUGAGGUCAAUAGGUCAAAGGUCAAGGUCACUGACCAAAUAAUUUCUGUUCCUUGUGCAAUUACUGAAUGCAUCAAGGGGGGCUUUUCGUGUCCUACGAGCUCUUGUUAUUGUAUGACACAUUGGCAUUUUACAGAUAGUGUACUUUGUAUAAAUAUGGCAAGAGAGAUAGCACUGGUUGAAUGUAUGGUGGGAAGCGAUUUUGUCUUGGACCGAUUGAGUUUUCCGAAGCCCUGAUACAGGGGUUAUUGUGAGAAAAUAACAGCUUUUGUACAGAGAUAUUGCCUGUUGUUGAGAGGUGUUGUUAACAAAUAUACUCCAGCAGGGAACACCUUUCAUAUUUCAUAUCAUUCAAAAGAAUGAUGGUUAGAGCUUUUUUUUUUAUUUUUUGUAACAUCUAUGGUAGUUUUUAACACAUCUAAAGAUACCACUAUUGAGUCCAGUAUUUUCUGUCAUAUUAGACUAAGCUUUCAAAAAGUUGCACAAAGUUUGUACUACCCAGUUAGGAGAUCAUUAUAAAAGAUUAUGUGAACCAGACAGUAAGUGCAGUUUUAUGGUUGUUUGUAUUGAGAUUGUUAUGCCCCCGGCAUCUACUGAUGCAGGAAGCAUAUAGUGACUGUCCUGUCCAUUCCUUCAUCCAUCCGUACGAGGUUAACCAAAUGGGACCGUUUCGUCUAGCAUCAAUAACCCUAACUACAAUGACUUGAUACUAAUUCAGAUGUUACCUGUGACCAUUCCUCAUCUUCAGACAUCACCUGACCUCAGUUUGACCUUGACCUCAUUUUGGACUUAGGUUGCUUUAUAUGGGCCAUCUCUUGGUUAACCAAAUGGGACCGUUUCGUCUAGCAUCAAUACUGCUUACAAGAAUGAAUUGAUACUAAUACAGAUGUAACCUGUGACCGUUCCUCAUCUUCAAACAUCACCUGACCUCAGUUUGACCUUGACCUUGUUUUGGACUUAGGUUAUUUUGUAUCGACAAGGAUGCCACCGGGGGCAUCAAGCGUUUAUUGAACGCAGCUCCUUCUUUUAAUUUUGUGCUCACCAUAUUCCAACAUCCACUUUUCUGUUUGAUAUAAAAGACCUCAAAAAAAUUAAAACAGAUUCAAAAUUUUCAAUAAUCUAUAGGUUGUUGUGAAAAAAAUACCCGUGUGUCCUUUUUGUGUGAAAGUCUUUCCUUAUGACUGAAUCUCAGGCCUUUCUCUCCAUCCUUCUGUUGUAGAAAUAUCCUUAUUUGAAAGAAAGUGCUAGAUAAGGAACAAUUUUUGGCCUAAGUAAAUUCUUAUAAUUAUUGAAUAGUACUUCUGUUCCAGUGUGAUUUGGAUUAUUUAUUAUUUGGUCAAACUAAAGGAGUGACGCAAUGACAUUUGCUGUUACACAAUUAGUUUUUCUAUGUACAGUAAAAUAUUUUUGUCUAACAAAUACUCUAAAAUCCCGAAAACUGUCAAAAUUGUACAGAAAAUGUGAAUAACCUAGGCUUGCCAAUAUUUAUCAAUAGGCAAAUACUAAGUAAAAAAUAAAUUAAAAUUCGAAGCAUUACCAUAUACAGAGAGGGAUCCAAAUAACACCAGGUAAACACUAGGUGCAAUUUUUUCACAGUUACAAUUUAAGAAACAGUGUUCUCAUGUGAUAGAUAUUUUGAACUUUUUAUUCAAAACAAAUUUUCUUUUUAUUUCAUCUCUUAAAGAAAUUGUACCUAUUUAUAGUUUUUUACUAUCAUAAAAUGUAUUUAAUAUAGAACUGUAAUAUCACAUGAUGUUUCUUUAAUUCACGGAAGAACUUGUAACAAAUGUUGUUGUUUUAUAUGAAUUAGAACAAGAAAGCUUCAUUUAAUAGCAAAAUUGAAUUUUUUACUUUUUUUUUAAGUUUUGUAAAGUCAAAGAAGUUUUACUUUUGGCAUUUUAUUCUUAUAGUCACAAUACACCAAUGUCUGUUUUGUCAAAAUAUAAUGCAAGGGUUAUUUAACAGAACAGAACUUGUCAUAUUUACAAAGUUAUUUUAAUUCAUACAAAAACCCAAUUAUGGAAAAGAAAGUUCCACUAUUAAAAAUGUGACUUUUGCAUGUUCUUUAGUACAUGAUCAGUUUUGGGGUUUUAGAGUGGUAAUACAGUUAAAUUUGGAUUACACAGAAGCCUAGUUACUGGUCAGUUUAGCAACUUCAUUUUUUGUGUUUAAUUUUCAUCAUACAUAAUUAUUGACAUGUGAAAGUCAAGUACAAUUUCUAUUGUUUUCAAAUUGGAAGAAUCAAGCUAUUUGUGCUACUAAUGGUUAAAUUUUGUAACAUGUUGAAAUAAAAUAAAUUGUCUCACGUUUUUUA